CAAGGAAUAUUGUGAUAUCGUGAUGUCAUUUCUACUGCGCAACGAUAUUAUUGUGAUGUUUGUUACACUCGAAUAUUAGGUACCUAUUUGGUGUGAUUGAGCAGAAUAUUCAUAAAUCCUUAAAAACACUUGAAUUGAAGUAUCAGAUUACAUAUGCGGGGAUCGUGAGACCCUGACCAGACAGUCAGGCACGACGGCUUCGGCCCGCUGACUCAACUAAACAUUGUCAUCCUACUCCAUUAACGGACAUCGAUCCCCGACCCCUGAAAUAGUUGUUUACGUCUAUGUUGUUGACUGGAGGAGUUUACGAGCAUCUCUUGUAAACAUAUCGAAUAUAAAUACCUGCAGGCUGCUGUACUAACCUUCAUCUCAUCUGUUUCUUUACUCCGACCAUCAUCUUCCGUCCGGAGAAAGAAAGAAAAAGAAGAAAUGCACCAUGGAAGCCCGUUGUCAAUGUGGCGCCGUCUCGUUUAAGACACCCCUGGACAAGCCUCUCGCGCUGUAUAUUUGCCACUGUGCCGAAUGUCGUCGCCAAACAAGCUCCGCCUUUGGCACAUCAGCUAUCUUCCCCCGGUUUCCGUUGCCACAGGCUGAGCUGCUGGCUUGCUAUACUCGACCAACACACACAGGACAUUCGUUGUAUUGUUAUUUCUGUCGCAACUGUGGUACAAGGCUCAUCCACACUACGCCGGGCAAGAAUGUCGUCUCUGUUAAAGGAGGGUGCCUAGAGGGACUCGAUUGGUCCCGCGCCAUCCAUAUUUGGACUAAAUCUGCCAUGGUCCCUAUCCCCGAGGGCUCGGAGGCUUUCUCAGAAGAGCCUUCAGAAUCCGAGUAUUGCACUUCGCAGGAAUCUCUCGACCAACCUCCCGAUGCCCCCGGGAUGCUCGUGGGAACUGGCGGCUGGCCCACCCGAGAAAACAUUAUGGAGAAAGCUCCGAGUUCGAGUUCUGUAAAGGGCGCUUGCGAGUUGAGCGGUAAAUUGGAUAUAGUAGGAGCUCCUAUCUAAUAUCUUUCUACACCGGUUGUGGUGCCGAUACCAAGGGUCUGGAGUUACCGACGCGGCGAUUGAUGGUAAUUUGUACAUAUCUCCGGGAUAUACGGGCCGUAGAUUAGUGAGUCAUGAUUAUGAAUAUUUAAU